AUGUGCGCGCAGGUCUGGCUGCUGACCGACCGGCUCAUCCGCGAGGACUACCCGCAGGUGCAGAUCCUGCGCGCGCUUCGCCAGCGCUGCUCCGAGCAGGACGUGCGCUUCCGGGCGGUGUUCCUGGACCAGAUCGCCGUCACCGUCGUCGGCGGCCACCUAGGCCUGCAGCUGAGCCAGAAACCCCUGACCACCUUCCCCGAUGUGGUGGUUGUCCGGGUAUCCACGCCCUCUGUGCAGUCGGACAGUGAAAUCACCAUCCUGAGGCACCUGGAGAAGCUGGGCUGCCGUUUGGUCAAUCGUCCUCAAAGCAUCUUAAACUGCAUCAACAAGUUUUGGACAUUCCAAGAGCUGGCAGGACACGGGGUCCCCAUGCCGGACACCUUCUCCUAUGGUGGGCAUGAAGACUUUUCUAAAAUGAUCGACGAAGCAGAGCCCCUGGGCUACCCGGUGGUGGUGAAGAGCACACGGGGACACCGGGGAAAAGCUGUUUUUCUGGCUAGAGACAAGCAUCACCUCUCCGACAUCUGCCACCUGGUCCGCCAUGAUGUGCCCUACCUGUUCCAGAAGUACGUGAAGGAGUCACACGGGAAGGAUGUCCGGGUGGUGGUGGUAGGUGGCCAGGUGAUCGGCUCCAUGCUGCGCUGCUCCACAGACGGCCGCAUGCAGAGCAACUGCUUUCUAGGCGGUGUGGGCGUCAAGUGUCCACUGACAGAGCAAGGCAAGCAGCUGGCCAUUCAGGUGUCCAACAUCCUGGGCAUGGAUUUCUGUGGCAUUGACCUUCUCAUUAUGGACGAUGGCUCCUUCACGGUGUGUGAGGCAAAUGCCAACGUGGGCUUCCUAGCCUUCGACCAGGCAUGCAACUUAGAUGUGGGGGCGAUCAUUGCAGACUAUGCCAUGUCCCUGCUGCCAAACAGGCAGGCUGGGAAGAUGGCUGUCCUCCCGGGCCUGUCCAGCCCCAGGGAGAAGAAUGAACCAAAUGGUUGUGUAUCCGCUCAGGGAGCUGCAGAGAAUGUCUAUUCCAUCACCAAUGGGUCUACCUCUAGUGAGAGCGAGCCUGAACUGGGAGAGGCCCGGGAUUCCUCAGCAAAAACAGUGGGGGCCCCGCCUCCCCAUGUUGCCCGAGCCUCCUGGUUACAGCAUUAACAGGAUUGCCUCACAAUUCCAGUGAAUUCCUGCUUUUUUUUUUUUUUUUUUUUUGGCAGCAUUUAAACCAAAUCCUACUGCUUCCCUGAGUAGCGUCCAGUGAAUUAGAUCAAGACUAAUGUGAUUUCAUUUGCACAGAAAUUAGAAAACCCCAUCCGGGCACUCAGCAUUCUUUCUAACAACGGUUUGAACAAACAAAGUCUCAUAUAGUUAAACAAACAAACAAACAAAAACACACACACACUCACACACAAAAAACACUCACCAAGAACAACAUCCCGAAUGAUCAGCGUGAGCCCAGCAUCCACUGCGAGCACUCGGAUGGAAUGGCAGGGCUCUCAGGCGCCGAGUCUGUGUUGCCGUCCCUGGCUGUUAAACACCUUCGAGCAUGAGCUUGGCUCCUGGAAACGCUGUUCUCUCAGGCAGCCAGGAGAUGGAGGCAUGCGCAGACAGGCAGGACGCUCUGAGAAGGCUGUGAGAGGACGCCCCUGCUACCCCCGGUCUUACCACAUUCCUCAGGCAGUCGGGCCAUCUCACUGAAGCGCUCCGCUCCGUAGAAAGUGAGGUGGAGCCUUUUUGACCUCAGCGGUUGGCAUGCGUCCUGCUUUGCAAUGGGCGAUUUCUACAGACUGCUUGGUCACUCGAGAUUCAUACCCCUGCUUCCCCGACCGCCAGCUCCAGCAGCUUCACACACCUUUGCUGCCUUUGGCCUCAGCUGGAAAUGCAUCUGGAUGAGCUUUGGCCACAGACCGUUUUCUUGUGCACUCGAAUUCAGCACCGUGGACUUUUCUUCUCAAUGGACUCUGUUCACUUGUCACCCGGAACCAAAGGGGUUUUACCUCAGAAAGUUACCUGACGAUAACUGGCCCCCUUCUGGACAUGCUGCUGGAACCUGUCCUUGUCCAUUUUUCCAAACUGGGGAGACAUGGGUAUUUGUGGAGGGGUGAGUGUGGCUAUUGUAGCCGUGAUACCAAGUGCUUUCCACAUUAACUCUUCAAGCAGUAGAUGAGAUCCUUCCCCUCAGAGGAGUGGUGGAGAUGGAGUUUUGUGUUUCUGCUUAUAGAAAGCCUAACUGAAAACAAGCAGUGACCAAAUACACCCAAACAAACACACCCGGAGUUACCUCACGGUGGCCACUUGGGAGACCAUCCAUCCUCUGGAGUUAUUUCAUGGCAGGUGCCAAGAACUUUGAGGACUCCUCUUUGGGGUUACCUCAGAAGCCAUCAAAGGAAAGAGGCCUCUUAAGGCCUUGUUUAAGUUCUUUUACCUUCCUCCCCCAACUCCUGCUAUCUGCCAAGGCAGUGCCAAGCUCCAACACCCAUUGUAUUUACCAGACGUAAUGCUCUUCGGCUAUUAAGAACUAUAGAUAAAGGACAAAGAUUUUUCCUAUUCUGAGGAAGCAUGUAAGUUCCCAGUUUCCAAAUAAGGUUCUAGAAAUUCGAGUUGGGUCAGCCACACUGGAAUAACACACACACUUUCCUUAAGGUAUCCUCUUUGAAGGCAACACCACCCCACGGGCACAUAAUACCUACACUUACUCUGAGUGUGAAGUGUGUAGAAAGCCAAAACGAUAACUUUUUUUUUUUUCACAACACACAUCUAAGUAGAAAUUGGCCUUUCAAAUGUUGCAGUUAAAGCCAGAUUUCACCAACCAGCAGCUGUACAACUGAAAAAUGUCGAAGAGGUGUUACACCCUACACCUGUAGUUUCUAUGCACUCUCGCCCUUGGGUGCUUCCCUCUGAACUAUACCCCAAGUGUGUGUCUGUACAGUUGAAAAAUGACGACAGUUCACCCUUACUAUUGACUAAGAUGUGUAUCUUCUCCUUAGCGCUCAGAGUGGCUCUAAAAGAAGUCUGGUCGUAGUUACAGUCCAUAGUUUAUAGACCACCUGCUGGAGGUGAUCAGAUGCCAGCCAAGCGGUGGCCUCUCGGAAGCCACACUCACCACGUCCCCUGUUUAGUGCAAGCCUCUUCUCGUUGAUCUGUGUCCAAGGCAGGCCCCACCUAAGCAGAGCGGCUCAGGGUGUUUCCAGAUUCCCUUGCCAAAGGAGGCCCAUUUCCCAGCUAGCAGAGAUGUCUGCCAUUGGUGUGAUUGCCCAGAACUGACCCUGCCUAAAGGCAGACAAAGCUGAUUCUCAUCUGGAUCCUAGGCCCCCCUCUGGGAUUUCUAUACCACAGAUGGCCAUGGGCAAUUACUUGGGUCUCAGCUCCAUGGCCCAACCAUACUUGCCACCGCUGCCUACACUUGCUGGGAAGAACAUGGUGAUGCAGAAUGGGAGUCCGGUUCUGGCUCUCCCAGCCAGCUGACCCCAUGAGCUCUGGGUCUCCAUCUUUUCAUUCUGUAGACAGAGAAAACCGCCUGUUUCGUUUACCUCUUGCUACACUCUGAGGCUGAAGUGAGUUAGUAAGCACAGCUGUCCGUUUGUGGGAGGCGGUAACAGGCACCUCCCACACGUGGUUUUUAUGUUUCUCGUCACUCUUCUGGGAGAGUUAAGAAAGGGAGAGGCUGUGAAUUCUUGGCAUUAGCAAGCUCAACAGUAGUAGGGGCCCGGAUGUUUAAAAAAAAAAAAAAAGCAGCUUCUUGGGGGCCUCUUUUCUAGCCAGAGAUACUUCACAACCCGAAAGGAGGAACGUUCUUGGGGCAGCCAAAGAACCUUCUGGAUGCAUCCUGCCUAACCUGAAACCCUUGACUCCCAUACGCCAACACCAAGUCUUCCUCGUAAUAUAGAUCCAAGGUGUGUGUGCGGUCUCCCCACUGUCUGGUCACAACGUCUUGAAACUGGUCAAAACUUGAAUGUCAAUAGCUCAGUCACUCAGAAUAUAUAUGAUUCUGCAC